AUGAGACCGUUUCUGUGAUUCAAGUCUUCCCUCUGCCUUCAGGGCCGCGUCACCUGACGAUGAGAAAGGACAGGCCCCGCCGGCGCGGCUGCUCCGGCAGGUUCUCCAUGCUCCCCCCAAGAGUGCGCACAGCUCUACGACUUGAGGGAGCGACACCACCGUGACCCUUUCUCAGAGCUUGGAUGUAUUUCCGGCAUGGAGAAUCCCCCGGAGUGCCUUAUCUUGAGGAGGCCGCCUCCCGCCGGCGGGUGACGCGAACGGGCAGGCCUCCGCUGACGGUGGCGGUGAGGCCGGGGGCGAACUUGAGCGGAAGGCGGGAGUGGUGGGUCCUAACCUGAAACUCCCUUACGAUGGACACGGCGACGCACAUUACCUCCAUCACGGCCAUCUCCUUGCCGAGGCAGACCCUCGAGCCGCCCUGGAACACGGCGUACUUGAAGGGGCUCUCCGGCACGAAGGUUCCCUUAUCCGAGAGCCAGCGGCCGGGCCUGAACUUGAGGCAAUCGCUCCCCCAGGCCUCCUCCAUCCUUCCCAUGGCGUAGGGAUGGUAGGUGACCCUGGUGCCCUUCCCCACGAAGGUCCCGUCUGGGAGGAGGUCGUCCUCGACGGCGAACUUGGAGUCGAACUGCACUGGCGGGUAGAGCCUCAUGGACUCGUAGAUGGAGGCGUGGGUGUAAUGCAUCUCCCGGAGCUGGUCCCAAGAGGGGAUGGCGCCGGCGCCGGCGCCCAUGACGCGGGCAGCCUCCUCCAGGAUGGCCUCCUCCACCUCCGGGUGGUCGGAGAGGAGGUAGAAGAAGGAGGUGAGGGCGGAGGCCACCGUAUCCCGGCCGGCCAGCAGGAAGCUGACGACGAUGUCGCGCAGGUACUUGUCGUCGUGGAUGGAGCCCAUGAAUCUGGAGAGCAGGUCCUGGCCGGUGGCGGAAGAGGCGAGGGAGGAGGGGGAAGAAGAAGAUGCAGAGGCAGAGGCAGAGGCAGAGGCAGAAGAACCCAGCUUAA